GUACUUCAUAUUGAGCAAACUUCUGAUAUCUUUCGCCUGAGUAUGUGUUGCCUCCAACUCCUUAAUAUUCAUUUUUUCCACCUGCGAAAGAGCAUUCUUUUGCCUGCUUCCCUCAGAGUAAACCUCCAAUCUGUGACUGUGAAAUCCCCUCGACUUAAUCCCAUGAAUUCUCCACUUACACUUGCCAUCUAUUUUUACGGAUUGCACCACCACUCGGAAACGACAACCUAACUUGCCUGUUGUAGAUUUGCUCCGUGUUGUCUUUGCGGGAUCAGACGUAUAUGAGUUGCUCCUACUACCAUGGUUGCAAUCCAUAUAGAUCCGCGGAUUGUCUUCUCCAACGUUUCUCUUGACUGAUGCCACUAUCAAGGAAAAACUAUUACUCAUGGCAAUCUCCUUUGCCGCUUUACAAGCUUGAUCAUGGGUAUCAUAAACAUCACUUAGAAACAAUGAUGUGCAAUCAACAUAUUCACCCUCAUUAACUCCGGAUCCACCCUACAAGAAAUACAAGGUAAAAACAUUUAGUUGUGCAACAAUUAUGUUACGAUAAUUAAAUUAUAAAAAAUAACUACUUACUGAAUCAUCCAUAAUAGUUUCCUUGUUAGUAAAUGAUGGUGGCACAAGAUUUUUAUCCUCCUUCCUAAUAAACACAAUUAACAACGAAACUUAAUGAACAUAAUAUUAUAAUUUAUGUGAAUUUUCAUUAAAAAAGGUCCAUGACAUCACAAAAUUAACUCGAGCAUGUUCAAAACUAGACCCGACCGAGUGACGGGCAUGUUAAAAACAAGAAAGAACCGUGGGUCGAGCAUGUUGAAAACAUGCCUAAACAGGAGGACGAGCAUGUUGAAAACAUGCCUAGACAGGAGGACGAGCAUGUUGCGAGCAUUCCUGGAGGAUGGAACAGGCAGGUUGACAACACGUCCGUUCCAUGGCGGAUGCAGGGUUUCAACAUGCUUGACCACCGGUCGAGGCCGAUUUUCAACAUGCUCGACUUGUUUUCCAGAAGAAAAAAAAAAUUGCAAACAGAAUCUUACCUUUAGCCCGAGUCCCUGCAUGCUAUGACGAUCGAGACCGACUACUUCUCUACCUCCGGCAAACUCGCCGGAAUCAGGCGAAAAUUUAUCAAUGUAGAAGAUUGUAGUUGGAUUUUGUGUUGUGUGGUUUGGAGUUAAUUUUUGGUUUGAUAUUUCUGUUUUCUGUUGGAAGAAAGAGUUAAAUGGGUUGGGUUAGUUGGUUGGGGCAUUAAUUCUAGGUGGUUGAACCAUACAAUUAAAUGAAGGGUUGUUUUGUAAAUUUGUAUGGUUUAGGGCGACAAAAUUUAAAAAUUUAGUGCGACGAAUAGUAACUCUCGAAAGAUAAUAUCCAAAUAGGAGAUGGAAAGCCUGGAACAGAGUAACCGAUCGUGGCCUUCCUCCUUCACUUUCCAGUUUCCUCCGACUCGGGACCGGGUCGGAUUCUCUCCCGAGCAGCUCCGUCGCGGUCUUCGCCGUCGCACCUACAUUUUCACCCUCCGGUUGGAGAAGAUUCGUACUCCAAUCACGCCGACGCCAUUGGAGAAGAUUCGUACUCCAAUCUACACAGGAGGUCAAUAUGGUGAGUCUCAAUUCGAUUAAUAUUAUCUGCUGCCCGCUGUCGUGAUUAUUAUUAUCAUCAGUAUUAGGUGCAUUCUUUCGUUUUCAUAAAUGAAUGACAAAGCAAAUUAGGUAUGUCAGCGUCUGAACUUUUCCUGGAAUUUCGACUAGCUAGGGUUCCACCAAUAAUCUGAAUUUGUUUGA